AUGAGUUUCCGGCAUGCAAUGGAUGAUGACUCUGUUACAGCUUUGUCUGUACAAGGGGAUGACUAUUCUGAAGAAGAAUAUGACUUUAAUCCGGAUACUGAAGUUCAUCCUCAGUUUAUUACCGAUCCACACUUGAGAUCUGAAAACUUCAUGCUUACAGAGGAAAAUACUCGAUUGUUCCGAGAUAAUCUCCGAUUGUCUCUUCUGGGAUAUCUCUUUGAUGACCAGGAAGUCACUGAUGUUUCAGAUGCAGUGAUAUAUAACGAAUCACUGGCCAAUUUAAUGGUGGUCUCCUUGUCCUCCAUCGAUGUUAUGAUGAUGAGGAUAUCAGUUUGGACAGCAUCUGCAUCACCAAACUCAGUCUCUGGGCACGCAUGCAUGGUGCUAUUCAUCACCUCCCUCAACUAUUUGGCAGCAAGGGGUCUUACAGAACGGAUUGGGGAAAUUGCUAUCCUCAAAGAAGAUUGUGUCUCGCUCCAGAAGGCUACUUAUAUCCGGGCCAAGCGUUGUUCCAAGCAUGAUGAUGAGGAGUUGAAUCAAUACUUAAAUAAGUAUUUUAUGGAGAAAGCAGUGAAGCACAACUCCCCUCUGUUAGUUGAUGCUAAUAGGCCAAUGUUCACGGCUGCGAUGAGAGCCCAUGGUCACAAGAAGAAGAGAUGUUCCAGAAUAAGGGAAGAUAAGUACUUGCAUAUGUAUUCUUAUUAUGAAUCUGUGCCUAAUCACUUCAUUCAAGAUGGUUUCCAGAUCACUGAAGUGGAUGAGCCUGAGCCGGUUGCAUGGCAUCCAUGGAAUAGUCCAGAAGAUGAUGAUGAUGGUGCUGAUGAAAACAAUGAUGACCACAUUGACCCUGAAGAUCAGCAUGACAAUGGCGAGCCAAACGCUGGUGACAAUGGACAUAUGGAUUAUCACCCUGAUGAUUAUCUUAGUGAUGAUAAUGCUCCAGCUAAUCCGCAUGUAGUGCAGAAUGGUGUUCGGGAUAACAGUUUUUAUACAAAUGGCUGUUACGCAGCACCAGCAGCAAUGGCUCAUCCUCCCAAUGACAUUUCUGACACUCAGUCUGAAGGUACUUUUCAUUCUACUCCUUCUCAGUUUGAUACUCAAAAUUUCCACCAUAUAAUGCCAGGUGAUUACUCUGAUGUUGAAAUGCCUGAAUCAUUCUAUCACAUCCCACAGAUCCCUCCCCCCAUAGGAUUUGCCCUACUAGAGGAUGAUGAUGAAGAGGACACUGAAGCCAGUGUGGAGUCAAAUAUGAUGAAGGUCUGCAAAUGUCUCUCUGAUACGGAUAUCAGCCCCAGCUCUGUGAGGACUCAUGACAAGUUACGCCACUGUAGACAAUCAAAAGUUCACCAAAAAAAGAGGACAAAGAAGUCCAAGAAGUAUUCACCAAGAUCUUCUGCUCCCACCCAAGGUCCAUGGCAUAUGCGAGUGGAAAAAGAUUUUGAAUUCCAGUCGGAUUCUGAUGUUUCUUCAGACACCAAGAAGAGAGGUUUUGCAAAAUUAGAAGUAGGUGAAGAAAGGCCAAGAAAGAAGAAAGUUUCCAAUGACAACUCCAAGACUUACUCUCAACUGCAAGGAGGCAGUGCACAAGAUGGAGUAAAGCUUACUAUAGUCCAACACUCCUCAAAUGCUUUAGUAGUAAGGGUCUGUGAACCCUCUAGCUUAGAAUGGAUAGGUGUUUUGUUGUAUAGCUUGCCUUCUAGAUCAGGAAGGGCAGCAUUUUGGACACAAUUGAAUACCAGCCUCAGCCAUUUCAACUACCCGAUGAUCAUUCUUGGUGACUUCAAUCAGGAAAAGUUAUCUCAUCAACUGCAAUCUAGUCUCAUAAGUCUUCACAAUUGGAGUAAGGCAAGCUUUGGUAGCUUAGACAAGCUAGUGAACAAACUCACAGCUCAACUGUCUACACUACAAAUUCAAUGGGAAGACAAUCCACAAGAUCACCAGCUAACUUCUCUCCUUGAACAAAAACAAGUGGAAUUAGAUGAAGCACUGCAACACCAAAAUGAUUACUGGCAACAGCAGUCAAAGCUGAUCUGGCCAGUUCAAGGUGCUCGCAAUACAAAAUUUUUCCACAAAUGGACAACAAGGAGAAAAGGUGUGAAAUGGAUUAAUGAGUUGAGAAACACAGAGGGCCAAUGGCUUCAAGAACCUGACCAGACUACUGAUCUUAUACAGCACCAUUUUAAAGACAUUUAUAAUGUCCAUAAUAGUUCUUCACCCAAUCCUAUUCUGUCUCUUUUUCAAGAUCAAUUACUGGAUGCAGUACAAGAGACUUUAACUCCUGACCAGGUCUCACUGAUAGCACAACCUUUCACUGCUGUUGAGUUAUGGGCAGCAGUCUCUCAAAUGUCUUCAUGGAAAGCUCCAGGACCAUAUGGCAUACCUGUUGGAUUUUGCAAAAAAUAUAAAACAUCCAUUGGCCCUGAUGUGGAGAGUACCAUCCUAGAAGAAAUAAACCAUCAGUGUUUCCCUCUGGAAUGGAACUAG